CACUCACCCUCACAGACACCAACACACUCACCCUCACAGACACCCACACACUCACCCUCACACUCACCCACACAGACACCUUUCUCCAGGGCACCAGUUCCCACACCUCGUAAGCGCUCAUCAGUUCCACAGCAAACUUCGAAAUCCUCCUCACAGCCUCCCACGAGUCCCACUUCACAAAUCACUAACCAAAACCUCUCACAGUCUUAUCCUCGUUCUUACCACCCCACCUCACAGCCCUCUACUCAGCUCGCUUCAGAGUCCACUUCUCGUCUCACUGCUGAAGCCCUCAUCAAUCCGACCUCACAGCUCUCUAUCCGCCAGCCCUCACAGCCCCGCCCCGCCUCACCGUUUUCCACCCACCCUAAAUCACAGCCCUCAACCCCACCCACUUCACAACCUCGUGCCCACCAUACGUCACAACCACACACACAACCAGAUUCACGUUUUUCUUGCCACCCCAGACAAACCCCAACCCAUCACAUAUCUCACUAUUCUUCAAGUCCCUUCACCCACCCUAUUUCCCACAAAACUGCCCACACCACCUCAAAAUAUCCACCUCACACUCAGAGUUCUACAAAUUACAAUUUACAUAACCCCAAAACUUUCGGUGAUCCACGCCAACACAGAAUUUCAGACGCUUCAAAAAGAUCUGAUAGUCACCCUAUAAAAUUCAACAAAGAAAACGAGCAAGUGAAAAUGAGAUGGAUGAAAACGGAUCAUAACGAGAAGAGGAACUCUGUUAACAUCAUGAUGACAAAGGGAGAAAGCUACUCCAAACAUAACAUCAUAUUAAGCAGUCACAUAACAUCAGGAAUGCCCACAGUCACAGUCAGGAAGAUCAUCGUCCCAGUUUCGGCUCCGGCAAGAUGUUCGCCGUCACCGACACCGUCCUGUGCUUCAUCGAGCUGCUCGUUUGGUUCAUCAGGCAGCUCCUCUGGGUGCUUCUCUGGUUCUCCCUCCCCUACACCUACACCGUCGCCCACGAGAAUAAGGGCGUCUGGAGUACCAACAGAUCUAUAAAGGUGUUGGCAGUGAGGUGUGUGGCUGAGCUGCGUGACCACCAACCUCAGUAGCUGAGAGAUCAACGUCCAGGACCCGUGCACACCCAGCUGAUAGCUUAAUUACCGGACCCAAACACAACACUCGGCUUAACCACUGUCAAGAAUCUCGCCUAAUUCCCUUUAAAGAGCGAGUAUUGAGGGAGCAUAGCGGGGUUAUACUCUCUCAGUGGAGGAGCUCAUCUCAGGCUCUGGCGGACUUACACUGAACCUGUCCCCACCAAGUGCAGCCUCCAACACACUAUGGCGAGAACCGCUCACUUAACCGGACAUUUUUUUCGAGCCAGUAAAUGUAUUUUUAACGGACUAAUGAUAGUUUAGUGACGUAGCUAGCUAAUGUUUUUAUUGUACAUUGAUCCAAAUUCAAUCUUUCAACGAAAACUUUUCGAGUGGGAAAAGUUGAGUCAGUGAGGAGACGUCUCCGGGUGCCUGAGUCACGACUCCUUGAAAUGUAGUCAGAGCCUCUCACCAGAAGGUAGCAGUGACUCACUUACCCUGACCACACUCAGUCACAAGUGUUAGAAAUAUGGUGAAGAAAGAGUGUAAACACUUUGUAAACAAACCUUACUCUAUGUGAACCGUAAUCUUUAAACAUUAUUUAGCUUUUAUUCUUACCACAGCAACACGCCUCAGAUACAGAUUUACUUUUAACGGUAAAGUGAACCGCGGAAGAAAGUAAGAGCGGUGAGCAUCAGAGCUGAACCAUCCAUCAAUAGAGGACACAUGGUCGACCACCGCCAAGAACCUCUCACUCACCGCCCCUCACUGUAAAAUAACCUGUACCGCUGUAAGCUAAUCCUCCACGCUGUAACACCCACCGUCAAUAACCAUCAAGUGAUCUGGGAUAAACAAGGCCACCCCGGCACACCCUAGGAUACAAACACCCAAGGAUCAGUGUGUGUAAGCGACGGGCGCAGCAGUCACACCGGGGGGCCUGAUAACCGAGUGUAUCCGCAGCAGCUAACCCGUCAAUGUUUUAGUUGCUCGCUCCCUCAUAGUGGUCAUUGUGGGCUGCUCCUCGUGCAGUGCCCGGGUCGCUCUGUCGCCACAGUUUGACGCACGCACACCGCACACACGCGCGCGCGCACAGCCGCUGAUGGCUCACUCAACAGUGUAUACAAGUGUAGAGGAUUAUUGACAACAACUGUAAAUUACUGUACAUAUAUUGACCCGUGUGAGUGAUAAGUAUAUGCAUGUUAUAAUGUGUUGGAGACAACAUAGAAAUAUAUCCAUAAAAAGUGACGAAGAUAAUGAAACUAUAUAGAUUAAUAUAUAAGAACAAUAUAAAGAGUCGCGACGUAUAUGAAACAAGUUUGUGUUAUCCUCUUCAUUGAUGAGGGAAGCUUUAAUAUAAUCAGUAAAUUAGAGAACUCACUUCUCAUUGCUGCAGUUAUACUAGUCCGCUUUAUUUAGCUGUAAAUGACAAAUUAAUAUGUGUACACAAAGAAUUAUGAACAUAUGCUUCUAGUGAGUGGCCUCUCGCUUGCUACCUGUAUUUAAAAACCUCAGCUAGGAGGAACCUUUCCCGUGUUUACCUGUACACACAAGCUUCUGAAGGAACGGUAACACCAGGGAGCUGUAUAUAUGAAAAUAGACCUCAGGGACUAAGAGAGCGACAUCAGGUCCACACGGCGACGUUGAGCCCCGUUUAACUGUAACUGCUGAGAAAGUCUUAUCCAGCCGCUGAGGUCUCUCCUGGAGCUUCACAAACGCCGCCGAGUCACCACACGUCCUACAAAGAAGAGUAAGAUAGCUCGGGGCCGCUUGGAGAUCCUUUGCCUUCUGCCCCUAUACGCCCAUAAUCUUCCUCUGCUCCUCGUUGUCCGCAAGAUGAAGCCGCGGGCGCUCCUCUGCCUCAGCUGGGUCGUAGUCGUCCUCAGUGGUGGUGUUGAGGGUCUCAUGUUCCUGCCAGCACCAGGUGACCACUGCAGUGACAACAUUGACUGCACCAGCGGCUGUUGUCUCAUGACAGGCCACCGUCACCGACGACCCAUUGGCGUCUGUCAGUCUCUACGACAGAUCGGUGAAUAUUGUGCUCCAGGAAACCGUCUGAGAAAUUACUAUGGGUCUCAGGUGUAUACAUAUUCUUGUCCCUGUGGUUCAAGGCUCAUCUGCAAGCCUAAGUGGUCAACCAUACUCUAUGGCCGGAGUGUGAUGGAGGAUCCUAAAUGUAUGCCGGAGACGAUGCAUCCAUACAUCCUGGCCAUGAAGGGUUAUGGUUACAACAUCAAUAACAGACAUGCUAAUACUAUUAACAUAGUACCUGCUGAGUAGACCAUGACAUCAGUUGUCACGCUUUGGUAGAGUGACUCUUCAGCACGAUGUUUUUAUCGCAUACGUUCUGUACAUUAAACAUUGGAAAUAUAAAUCGGUUUUAUAAACAGGAAUGUGCCUUGAAAAUACUUGAAACGGAGCCUUCAGCAUCUACAGACCUGCAUGUCCCAUAGCUCCACAAGAGCACUGUUCAUUACUGAUGUUACAGGCAAGAUUAAAGUUUAUUUUCAGGUAUUGUACAGUAUAUUUGAGGUUGAAAAGAGAAAUUCUGCACAACCCCUAUAGGUGUAUCACUUAGGUUUUAAAUGUUCACUGAUCUGAAAGUGAAAGUUCUUUAACCAGAAAAAUAAAUAUUUGGCUGGCAUUCAGUGUAUUUUUAAUGAUCUUCAGUCUCAGAAAACUAUUUUUAGACUUGUGUAUUUUAGUGAAGAAUGGUUCAUCUGGAGAAUAAUAUUCCCACAAUGUAUUUGUCAAGUUUCUCAAUGUUUAUGGAGGUGAUAACACCAGUGCUAGAAUUAUUUUGCCUAGGUCAUCUGAUUCUUUAACUGACCUAACAACUAAGGUGCACUUACUGAUUAAUUUAUUAAUGGUUGCUGAGUGAGUGACAGUAAUAUUACAGGUUACUGGGUGGCACUGCUGCUCGCAUACCAAGCCAGUCAACUUCUGUUAAUUGUAAUGUUCGAUAUAGAGGCAAAAAGUAAGAGAUGCUUAGUCGAUAGGCCAUUUACAGAAAAUUUUAAUUUAGAUGCCAUGGUGAACCAGGGAAACCUUCUGUAAGGAGGCAUAUCAGGGUUUAAAAUUGGCUGAACACUUAUUUUUGGAGACCAAAUGUGGGUGUAAAGAUGUUUAUAGUUUGUCUGUAGGCUUGCAAAUCUGUCAUGACUACUUUGAACUCCAGAACUGAAAUAAGAUACAACAAUUCUUAAGUUCAGGGGUUUAAAGUUACUAUGGCAGGUGUUUGGCCAAGAUAUAUACACACUGUACUAUAUAUUUUUUUUCUUAAAACACAAAAGUUCCAGGAAGAGUAUCCGGUCACCUUUGAACAUAAAUUAUGACACUGACAAUGAAAUAUUGUACAAGGAGUUUAAACAUAGGGAACUGGUGAAAAGUUUUGGAUUUAGAAUAAAGAAUGUCAUCUCUUCAUGUGCAUAUAACAUAACAAGGUAAGAUGCAAAGGGUGUGACAUUGAUGCCUAGAGAGAUGAUCAUAAUGGUUUGUAUUCUUGAAAAUAGCUCAAAACUUCAGUCAAGAAAACCACAUGUGCUUAUUAUCUUUAUUUAAGAAUAAUAUUAUUAAAUACCCCGGUAGUUUCUGAAGGUGUUAAUGUCGACACGAUAACUCACUUCUGUCAGGACUGAUGAUUCCAAGUGACUCCUUGGGUGUUCCACAUUGAAGAUUACUUAAAGUGCAAAGGAAUCUUGUAAUGUUAUAAUAUACCACUGGGUGGUUAUUUUUUUACCACUGUAAAUUGGCAAAAAAAAUUUUUUGUAAAAUUAUAUAUUAAUCUAGAAAUGUACACCGAUAAUUUGCUUAUCUUUUAGUGUCUGGACAUUUUUUAUCAGUAUACUGUAUUUAUUAAAUUACUUGUACAGGUAAUUUUACAUUAAAUUGUUUAUAAUAUUUGCCAUAAAGUGGUAAAAAACACCCUGAGCCAUAUACACGAUUUAAUUGUACCAAUUUGUAGUUAACUACUGUACUGGACAAUGAGUUUUAUGCUCACUACAUGUUGCCAUGUUUCACAUCACUACAGUACUGUACUUAUAAAAUCAUAAAGUUAAUAUGACCAUGACACAAUAUGAAGCCUUUGUAAGAAUUUCAAACAAUCAAACUAUAUUACAGUACAGCAUUAGUGAACAUACACACCUUCUGUUUAAAGCGUAACUUAUAAAUCCCUGGCCUUUAACAACUUCACUGUUAAAAUAGUUUAUGUAUAAGCAUGUUAAGUUUUGAAACGGAUAUUGAUAUAUUGUUCAGGUUAACAUGUCACAAAUUUUACACUUGUUUGGUGAAGUACUUGUGGAAUCACUAGCUAAAGGGAAGUUUUAAGUAUGAUUGAUAAAUUUGUUCAGUAUGAAUAGUUCAUAAGAUUCUGGCUUGGUGAGAAGUUUGUGUGAAGGUUCAUUGUAUUAUUUAUUAUUAAUAAAUAGGUUAUUGUGUUGUAUUCACACUGUCCAUAACAGACAGUCAUUCCUGUGGGACCCAUGUUCAUUUUUAUUCAUGUCAUCAAUGACUGGGGAUAUCAACCAAACUUCUCCGUCCUUGUACCAGCAACCUAUUUAAUAAUAUAAAACGACCGGAAGAAUCUUUAUACAAACUUCUCGUUGUCCCACAAUCUACACUAUUCAAGUCCUUACAUGAACAAUAUACCUUUCAUACACCACCUAAUGAAAUCUUCCCUUUAAUCUGGGAAAAACCAAUAAACCCUCCUACUGAGAAAAAACAAACCAUUUUACUUGUGUACACCACAUGAAGAUAUGUUAGUUAAAAAUGGUUUGUGCCUCCCUUAGAGUAACUAUUUUUUACAUACCUCCGAGCCAUUAGAAAUGAGCUAUAUUUUCAUAUAUACUGUACAGUGUAAUCUUCUUGAACUUGUACUGCAUUUCAAUUAAUAAAUUACAAUUGGUU